AUGGUUGUUAUAACUGAUGGUCAAUUAUAUGCUAUACAUAUAUUAUUUAUCAAUGGAAUGCUCAAAACAUUGGCAUAUUUUAUAUUGACUACUUUGACAAUACUAACUUGCUCCAAGAAAAAAUCACCGUAAGAUUAGGCCACAUUUUUUUAUAAAACAUAAAAAAAAUUCAGAACUGAAAAAACUGGAAGAUCAAAUAAGAAAACUGCUCGGUCAACACAAAAAGAAGAAACCGCUGGAACAACUGGAACUGCAACUGGAACUGGAACAACAACCACAACAACAACUGGAAGUUCGAUGCUUGAAAAACAGGAACAGAAAAAAUCGAAAAGUGAAAAAGGAUCAGGAAAAAGUCGACGAGCAAUGGAUUCAAUUAAAAUAAUGAAAGGAAAAGGAUUCCGAAAAAUGAGACCGAUGAUUUCGAAAAAAGAAAAGAAACGUGCCGGUGAUGAUGAUUCUCAACACACUGAAUUGAUUAAUGUUCCACUUGGAAAAGCUGGAGAGUGAGUGAAUAUUUCAAUUUUGUUAGCAAAUUCGGGCUCAAAAUGCUCCAAACCUCUAACAUCCUUGUAAAAUCAAUGAUUUUCAGUUGUGAACCAAAACCGACUCAACUUGUCACCAGCAAACAAACCAAAGCCAGAGAAAAUGAGGACAAAUCGAAGGCAACGCGAAAAGUCUCAUUUGCCCCGAAUUUGGAACAUUAUGGAACAAGUGCUGAAAUGUGUGAGAAUCCUACGCAGAAAGACGAAAAAUAA